AGGAUUGAGGACCAGAAGCAACAACAGAAAUGGUAGCAGCAGCAGUGAGAGUGAACUCACUAAAGCCAUUGACAUGUACUCCAUUUCCAUCUUCUAGCUUCAAUUGGCCAUGGUCUUUUGUAUCUAUUCCAAGAAAACAUUCAAGAUUAAGACCCUUAUUGAGUCAAAUUUCAGCUAUUGAAGGAAAGCCACAAAGAAUGACCAAAGUCAUUGACUCACAUUUACAUGUCUGGGCAUCCCCACAAGAGGCUGCAGAAAAGUACCCCUAUUUUCCUGGUCAAGAACCUAGUUUGACUGGUCAUGUCGAUUUCCUGCUGGAGUGUAUGGAAGAAGCAGGUGUGGAUGGAGCAUUUAUUGUUCAGCCCAUUAAUCAUAAGUUUGAUCAUUCUUAUGUUACGAGUGUGCUGAAGAGGUUACCUUCCAAAUUCAUCGGUUGUUGCCUCGCAAAUCCAGCAGAAGAUGGGAGUGGGAUAAAGCAUCUUGAAGAUCUGGUUUUAAAGGAUGGUUAUCGUGCUGUUCGCUUUAAUCCGUAUCUUUGGCCUUCUGGUGAAAAGAUGACAAAUGAAAUUGGGAGGGCACUAUUCUCAAAGGCUGGAGAGCUUGGAGUGCCAGUCGGUUUCAUGUGUAUGAAGGGUCUGCAUUUGCAUUUGCAAGAAAUUGAGGAGCUAUGCACGGAAUUUCCCUCAACUGUAGUUUUGCUUGAUCAUCUGGCUUUUUGUAAGCCUCCAAAAAAUGAUGAAGAAAGACGAGGUUUCUCAGAACUGUUAAAACUUUCAAGAUUCCCACAGGUAUAUGUGAAAUUUAGUGCUUUGUUCAGAGUGUCAAGAAAUCCAUAUCCAUAUGAGGACUUAUCUCAAGUUCUUUCCCAACUAGUCUCCAGUUAUGGUGCACAUCGUAUCAUGUGGGGAAGUGAUUUCCCCUUUGUUGUUACCGAAUGUGGGUAUAAAGAAGCAAGAGAAGCGGUUUCUUAUCUUGCUAAGCAGGGACAUUUACCUCCUUCUGCCACGGAGUGGAUCAUGGGUAAAACAAUUAUGCAGCUCUUUGACGGAAAAUGGAGUUCUGUAGCAAAUUGAAUACGAAAACUUGACAACUAGAAAUACCAGGUUAGAUGUCUUUCAAACAUGUCUUUGAACCCUUAAUUGUACUUGAACAGAACAAAGGAGACAAGCUUUGCAAGCAUUAGUGCAAUAAACUAUGGAUCCGAAGCUUUACCUACGUGUUCAUGAGAAUCCAAUAACUUUUGUUCAUACACUGUAUAUGUAAUAAAAAGUUACCAAAUAUUUGAAUUUUGAACCUGGUUAUUAUAAUAAGUUAAUUUGAAAUUACUAUAGGAAAUUUAUAAA